UAUUCGCUAUUCAAAAUGGCGGCGAUGUGGCGUGCACAGUGCGCGUUUGCGCGACUUUUUACCGGAAAAACUGGACAAAUCUUGAACAACGCAGCAGAUUUUGGUACAAAACUCACCCCGGAAUCACUAUCGGUUUUAGUAUCCAGAAAUUAUUCAAAUUAUAAAAAUUCUCCAUUAGUGCAUAAAAUUAGGGAACAGUAUGAAUAUGAAAUAGUGAAAAAUCCCGCUGAAUGGACUUAUGUGGAGAGACUAUUACCGUUCGAAACCAUCCCGGAGGUCCAGCCCAAGGCUAACUACCCGUCGGGUUGGGUUCCCCCGAAAGAAGAAGCACUAGAACUACCUUAUUUCAUUUCAAGAACGAAGAAUCAUGUAUUGCCAAUUUAUUUAGGUGAGACAUUUAAAGGUGGGCGUAAAAUAACAAUGAUCAAAAAAAUUGAUGGCGACAUUUGGCAAAUGAAUGACGAAAUUAAGGAACUUUUGGAAGAGAAAAUGAAGAGAUACGUCGAGACAAGGGUCCAUGAACUAGGUCGCUUUAUCGAAGUCAAAGGUGAUUACGUUAAUGAACUACGUGAUUGGGCACAUUCCAAGGGUUUCUAAUCUAAUUAAAAUAUUGUUAGUUCUGAAUAAAAAUGUUAUAAUGAGAUAGUAA